AUGGCUGGCCUUGUAAAAUACGUCGAUAUAUCAGCGGUACGUUUUCCGUUAUAAGAGCGAAUAAUUUAAUUGUUAUAAGCACCGAGAGGUUUCUUUCAACCCGUGAUGUUCCUAAAACGUUCAGUGGUUCCACUGUCCGUAAAUUAGUGUAUACAGCGUGGCUUUCAGGUUUUUUUAUGGGGUUGUUUCCAGCAGCAACAACAAAUGGUGUAAGAUACGAUAUUAAUGCUACACAUUACACAAUGGUCUGUAAACCCGAUACCAGUUAUCUACCCAACAGAGUAAUUGUAGUAGGCUUUGUACUGAUACAGGUCGUCAUACCAAGCAUUGCUUUGAUUUGUAUGAACAUCAUCAUAGCCAGAAGAAUAUGGAAAGGAAGUAAAAGAAGGAUCGAUAUACAACGAGAUAACGCCAUUAAGGCGAGGAUGAGAUCACACCAAAUCAAAAAAACUAGUUUAAUUAUAAUUGUCACCAUAGCUUCCGUUCUUCCUUAUUCGACAAUACUGUAUUACACAGCCUUUGUUGCGGUAGCUGAAGCAUCGCUAGAUUUCCAGGAAGAUUUUGUGAUAAGACAUUUUAGUCGGGCGCUAGUUUUUUCCGUCAGUGCUACAAACUUCAUCAUAUAUCUGGUUCAGAUGAAGGAUUUCCGUGUAUUUUUACUGAAACAUUUGAGAUGCUCAAAUUAAUCCUAAUGUAGAAUAGCCGGGGAGCACAUAGUUACCGCGCCGGCGACUUACCCUGUCAGCGGCGAGGUAAAGACAUAGUAUUAAACUGAUGAAAAGUUUUAAUUUACAACUUUCAGUGNGAAAGUCGGAAACGGGAACUGACCAGAAAACGGCUUGACUAACUUCAAAUGGCGUUUUCCGACAAAAGGGCCAGGGGCACAUUGGUUAAAUUGACUUAAAUUAUGAUAUUCGAUGACACCAUAAACCUAAAAUUUUUAGAAAUUCAUUUUUAUUUCUAAUUUUACUUGCAGAUGGAACCUGCUUCGCAACUUUUGUCCAACCCGAAUUCCACUGAUAAUCAGUCCUCCGUUACCAACAGCACAGCUGUAGCCAUUACUUCUUUAGGUUACGUGUUCGCGCCAGCAGAUUUCAGCAUAAAACUCGUUUUUGUUGUACUGUUUGCAAUUUUUGGAGUCAUCGGAUUGGUGGGCAACAUCCUAAUUCUUUAUUUUCUUUCCAAGAAAAAGUCAGUUCCUUUCCUGCAGUCUUCUCCUUUCCUAAGAAACUUCAAUCUUUACAUGAAGAGUUUAGCUCUUUCAGAGAUACUCGUAACUUCCAUUGGAGGUGUUUUAAUUUGUAUAGAACUAAUGUACGAUGUAUUCCAAAAUGGCUGGCCUUGUAAAAUACGUCGAUAUAUCAGCGGUACGUUUUCCGUUAUAAGAGCGAAUAAUUUAAUUGUUAUAAGCACUGAGAGGUUUCUUUCAACCCGUGAUGUUCCUAAAACGUUCAGUGGUUCCAAUGUCCGUAAAUUAGUGUAUACAGCGUGGCUUUCAGGUUUUUUUAUGGGGUUGUUUCCAGCAGCAACAACAAAUGGUGUAAGAUACGAUAUUAAUGCUACACAUUACACAAUGGUCUGUAAACCCGAUACCAGUUAUCUACCCAACAGAGUAAUUGUAGUAGGCUUUGUACUGAUACAGGUCGUCAUACCAAGCAUUGCUUUGAUUUGUAUGAACAUCAUCAUAGCCAGAAGAAUAUGGAAAGGAAGUAAAAGAAGGAUCGAUAUACAACGAGAUAACGCCAUUAAGGCGAGGAUGAGAUCACACCAAAUCAAAAAAACUAGUUUAAUUAUAAUUGUCACCAUAGCUUCCGUUCUUCCUUAUUCGACAAUACUGUAUUACACAGCCUUUGUUGCGGUAGCUGAAGCAUCGCUAGAUUUCCAGGAAGAUUUUGUGAUAAGACAUUUUAGUCGGGCGCUAGUUUUUUCCGUCAGUGCUACAAACUUCAUCAUAUAUCUGGUUCAGAUGAAGGAUUUCCGUGUAUUUUUACUGAAACAUUUGAGAUGCUCAAAUUAA